AUGUGUCAAUCGUGGCCUUACAAGGAUUUUCAAUGGGUCGACGAUGUUACGAGCAUCAAUUUAAUGUCCAUAACGUCGAACUCGCCUAUCGGUUACAUCCUAGAAGUCGACCUUGCGUAUCCGUCCGGUCUUCACGACUCCCACGCGGAUUUGCCGUUUUGCCCGAUGCGCAAUAAGCCGCCCGGAAAACGGCAGGAGAAACUCUUCGCCACACUGUACGAUAAUGGCCGUUACGUGACGUAUUAUCGUAACCUGCAGCAAUGCAUUCGAUACGGAUUACGCGUUACGAAGAUACACAGAAUACUGCGAUUCGCGCAAUCUCCGUGGUUGCGCGGAUACAUUGAACUGAACACGCGACUGCGAAUUAAUGCGAGAAACAAGUUCGAGAAAAAUCUAUACAAAUUGAUGAAUAACGCCAUAUUCGGCAAGACCAUGGAGAACAUGCGCAAUCACUCGGACGUUCGUCUCGCGACCCGAUUGGACGGGCGAUACGGCGCGGAGGCGAUGAUCGCGAAGCCGAACUUUCACAGCAAAAGCGUCUUCGCGGAGGAUCUCGUAGCCGUGGAAUUGGGCAAACUCGAGAUUAAGUUCGACAAACCGGUCUACGUGAGUAUGUGCAUCCUCGACGUGUCCAAGAUUCGUUUAUACGAAUUUCACUACGAAUAUAUGUUACCGUUGUAUCGAGGCAAGUGCAAGAUAAUGUACACCGACACGGAUAGUCUCAUCUAUCGCGUCGAGUGCGAGGAUAUGUACGAGGAUAUGAAGCGCGAUAUCGAUAGAUUCGACACGAGCGAUUACGCAGCGGACAACGCGUACGCCAUGCCUCUCGCUAACAAGAAAAUGCCGGGUGCGAUGAAGGACGAUAAUACUGGCGCGAUCAUGACGGAAUUCGUCGGGCUCAGAGCAAAGAUGUACGCACUGCGAGUCGGUAGAGGCGACACGAAGAGGAUCAAGGGCGUCAAGAGCGGCGUCGUCGCGAGAACGAUAACGUUCGACGAUUACACACGAUGUCUUCGACGAGAGAUCGAGAUGACGCGCGAGCAGUUCUGCGUAAGGUCCAAAUUACACGAGGUGUACACGGUGUCGGAGUCGAAGGUCGCGCUUAUGGCCUUCGCACACUGA